AUGUCUCUAAAGGGCUGUAUUGUCCAGCUGGAUUAUCUUGAUAUGACUGGAGAAGAACAAAAUAUCACUGUAUCCUGUGUUCAACACAAAGUCCGAUUUGAAAGAUCUGUUCGAACACAAAAACGGGACUCAUUUGAUUUUACUGCUGCUCCAAGUGUUGUCACUACCACAGAAUUUAAACUUCCACCUGGUUUAACAAUGGGUGAAGAUUUAUAUUUUAGAUCAGAUUUAAAUUUGGAUAAUUUUGACAUGUGGGAUGUUUAUGUCAUUCCUACAGUUCCUUCCCAUCCGCUUGAUAAAACUCUUACAACCAAAACAGCAGCAAGUACGUCUAAACAGCCAGACUUAAUCACUGAAUUUGUGAGUUCUACUGGGGAAGCAGAUGUAGAUGUUUGGCCAGGUUUUGAUGAGUAUGAUCUGUGGGACCUUAUUCCCACAGUUCCUUCUAAGGAACUUAAAGAAACAACCCAACAGACCUUUACAGCGUCAAGCAGACUUUUUCAGUCAAAUGCUGCCUCCUUGGCAAGCCCAACCAAAAGUGUGGUAGAUACUGCUAGUGUCACUGGUGCUUAUGAUGAAUAUGAUUUUGGGCUGAGGUUCUCAGAUGUGCCACGGGUUUCACGGAAACCUGAAGCUGUGACAUCAGCACAAGAUGUGACACCUACUGAAGCAUCAACUUUGAGCAACAUGAUGUACAUCUCCACCACUGAAAUCCCCCGUGCUCUGGAAACCAGCAUAGCAUCAGAAAUAAUUUCUCUGCCAGCUGCUUUAACUGAAGUAAAACCAUUUGAAACAAUUAGCAAAACAGAUGUUAUAUUGCAACCUUUCAAACCUGCAGUGAUUUUUAGUGAAGCACCAGCCAUUACUGAGACAACGUCUAAAUCCAAAACAUUUGUUGAACCUACUUCUGAAGCACUUACCUCAGCUGAAACUUUACCUGUUCUUGUAACAGAUGUGAAAAUCACCACUGCAAUGGACACUAUCACAACUUCGGAAGACUUUUGGCCAUUUGCAGAUUCAACUGAAGAAAUCUCAUUGGAUUGUGCUCCCUCAGUUAGCACACAUGAUGUUAUAUUGCAACCUUUGACACCUACAGUGAUUUUUAGUGAAGCACCAGUCAUUACUGAGACAAUGUCUUCAUCCAAAACAUAUGUUGAACCUACUUCUGAAGCACUUACCUCAGCUGAAACUUUACCUGUUCUUGUAACAGAUGCGAAAAUCACCACUGCAAUGGAAACUAUCACAACUUCGGAAGACUUUUGGCCCAUUGCUGAUUCAACUGAAGAAAUCCCAUUGGAUUGUGCUCCCUCGGUUAGCACACAUGAUGUUAUAUUGCAACCUAUCACACCUACAGUGACGGUUACUGAAUCACCAGCCAUUACUGAGACAAUGUCUUCACCCAAAACAUUUGUUGAAUCUACAUCAGAAGCACUUACCUUAGCUGGAACAUUACCUGUUCUUGUAACAGAUGCGAAAAUCACUACUGCAAUGGACACUUUCACAACUUCAGAAGACUUUUGGCCAAUUGCUGAUUCAACUGAAGAAAUCCCAUUGGAUUGUGCUCCUUCAGUUAGCUCACCAGAUAUUAUAUUGCAAACUUUCUCACCAACAGUGAUGAUUACUGAAGCAUCAGCCAUUACUGAGACAAUGUCUUCACCGACAACAUUUGUUGAACCUACAUCUGAAGCACUUACCUCAGCUGAAACUUUACCUGUUUUUGUAACCGAUGGUAAAAUCACCACUGCAAUGGAAACUAUCACAACUUCGGAAGACUUUUGGCCAAUUGCUGAUUCAACUGAAGAAAUCCCAGUGGAUUGUGCUCCCCCAGUUAGCACAUCCUCAGUUACACUGGAAACAUCCACCACUGCUGCAGAAACCAUGUCAGGUGAAACUACACCAUCUUAUUAUUUUUAUCAUUAUCCUUGCCUAACAUAUCCGUCCAGUCCUACAGUGAGCACAACUCCAGUUUCAUUGGAAACAUCUACACCUGCAAUGACAGCUGCUGGAACAACAUCAGGUGAAACGACACCCAUUGUCACAACUCCUCAUAAAACUACUUUUUCUGUGGAAACUAGCACUGUUGCGGGGAGCACAACUGCAACCACUCCUUUAGGGAGCACAACUGCAACCACUCCUUUAGGGAGCACAGCAACAAUUUCCUUGGAAACGUCAACAGCUGCUAGUACAACUGCUGGAACAACAACAUCAGCUGAAACUACACCCGUUGCCUCAACUCCUUAUGAAACUACUUUUGCUGUGGAAACUAGCACUAUUGCGGGUACAACAACUGAAAAAACAACAACUGCAACCACUUUAGUGAGCACAACUGCAACCACUCCUUUAGUGAGCACAGCUGCAACCACUCCUUUAGUGAGCACAGCUGCAACCACUCCUUUUGUGAGCACAGCUGCAACCACUUCUUUAGUGAGCACAACUGCAACCACUCCUUUAGGGAGCACAACUGCAACCACUCCUUUAGGGAGCACAACUGCAACCACUCCUUUAGGGAGCACAACUGCAACCACUCCUUUAGGGAGCACAACAACUGUUUCAUUGGAAACAUCAACAGCUGCAAGUACAACAGCUAGAGAGACUACCUCAGCUGAAACAACACCAGCUGCCACAACUCCAUAUGAAACUACUUUUGCUGUGGAAACUAGCACUGUUGCGGGUCCAACAACGGAAAAAACAACUGCAACCACUCCUUUGAUGAGCACAACUGCAACCACUCCUAUAGUGAGCUCAACAACAAUUUCAUUGGGAACAUCAACACCUGUAAUGAGCACAACUGCAACCACUCCUUUAGUGAGCUCAACAACAAUUUCAUUGGAAACGCCAACAGCUGCUAGUACAUCUGCUGGAACAACAACAUCAGCUGAAACAACUCCUGUUGCCACAACUGUUGCGGGGAGCACAACUGCAACCACUCCUUUAGGGAGCACAACUGCAACCACUCCUUUAGGGAGCACAGCAACAAUUUCCUUGGAAACGUCAACAGCUGCUAGUACAACUGCUGGAACAACAACAUCAGCUGAAACUACACCCGUUGCCUCAACUCCUUAUGAAACUACUUUUGCUGUGGAAACUAGCACUAUUGCGGGUACAACAACUGAAAAAACAACAACUGCAACCACUUUAGUGAGCACAACUGCAACCACUCCUUUAGUGAGCACAACUGCAACCACUCCUUUUGUGAGCACAGCUGCAACCAGUUCUUUAGUGAGCACAGCUGCAACCACUUCUUUAGUGAGCACAACUGCAACCACUCCUUUAGUGAGCACAACUGCAACCACUCCUUUAGUGAGCACAACUGCAACCACUCCUUUAGUGAGCACAACAACUGUUUCAUUGGAAACAUCAACAGCUGCAAGUACAACAGCUAGAGAGACUACCUCAGCUGAAACAACACCAGCUGCCACAACUCCAUAUGAAACUACUUUUGCUGUGGAAACUAGCACUGUUGCGGGUCCAACAACGGAAAUAACAACUGCAACCACUCCUUUGGUGAGCACAACUGCAACCACUCCUAUAGUGAGCUCAACAACAAUUUCAUUGGGAACAUCAACACCUGUAAGUACAACUGCUGGAACAACAUCAUCAGCUGAAACAACUGAAGAAAUAACAACUGCAACCACUCCUUUAGUGAGCACAACUGCAACCACUCCUUUAGUGAGCACAACUGCAACUUCAUUGGAAAUGUCAACACCUGCAGUGACAGCUGCUGGAACAACAACAUCAGCUGAAACAACGGAAAAAACAACAACUGCAACCACUCCUUUACUGAGCACAACUGCAACCACUCCUUUAGUGAGCACAACUGCAACCACUCCUUUAGUGAGCUCAACAACAAUUUCAUUGGGAACAUCAACACCUGUAAUGAGCACAACUGCAACCACUCCUUUAGUGAGCUCAACAACAAUUUCAUUGGAAACGCCAACAGCUGCUAGUACAUCUGCUGGAACAACAACAUCAGCUGAAACAACUCCUGUUGCCACAACUGUUGCGGGGAGCACAACUGCAACCACUCCUUUAGGGAGCACAACUGCAACCACUCCUUUAGGGAGCACAGCAACAAUUUCCUUGGAAACGUCAACAGCUGCUAGUACAACUGCUGGAACAACAACAUCAGCUGAAACUACACCCGUUGCCUCAACUCCUUAUGAAACUACUUUUGCUGUGGAAACUAGCACUAUUGCGGGUACAACAACUGAAAAAACAACAACUGCAACCACUUUAGUGAGCACAACUGCAACCACUCCUUUAGUGAGCACAACUGCAACCACUCCUUUUGUGAGCACAGCUGCAACCAGUUCUUUAGUGAGCACAGCUGCAACCACUUCUUUAGUGAGCACAACUGCAACCACUCCUUUAGUGAGCACAACUGCAACCACUCCUUUAGUGAGCACAACUGCAACCACUCCUUUAGUGAGCACAACAACUGUUUCAUUGGAAACAUCAACAGCUGCAAGUACAACAGCUAGAGAGACUACCUCAGCUGAAACAACACCAGCUGCCACAACUCCAUAUGAAACUACUUUUGCUGUGGAAACUAGCACUGUUGCGGGUCCAACAACGGAAAUAACAACUGCAACCACUCCUUUGGUGAGCACAACUGCAACCACUCCUAUAGUGAGCUCAACAACAAUUUCAUUGGGAACAUCAACACCUGUAAGUACAACUGCUGGAACAACAUCAUCAGCUGAAACAACUGAAGAAAUAACAACUGCAACCACUCCUUUAGUGAGCACAACUGCAACCACUCCUUUAGUGAGCACAACUGCAACUUCAUUGGAAAUGUCAACACCUGCAGUGACAGCUGCUGGAACAACAACAUCAGCUGAAACAACGGAAAAAACAACAACUGCAACCACUCCUUUACUGAGCACAACUGCAACCACUCCUUUAGUGAGCACAACUGCAACCACUCCUUUAGUGAGCUCAACAACAAUUUCAUUGGGAACAUCAACACCUGUAAUGACAGCUGCUGGAACAACAACAUCAGCUGAAACAACUCCUGUUGCCACAACUGUUGCGGGUACUACAACUGAAAAAACAACUGCAAGCACUCCUUUAGUGAGCACAACUGCAACCACUCCUUUAGUGAGCACAACUGCAACCACUCCUUUAGUGGGCACAACUGCAACCACUCCUUUAGUGAGCACAACAACAAUUUCCUUGGAAACGUCAACACCUGUAAGUGCAACUGCUGGAACAACAACAUCAGCUGAAACGACACCUGUUGCCUCAACUCCUUAUGAAACUACUUUUGCUGAGGAAUCUAGCACUCUUGCGGUGAGCACAACUGCAACCACUCCUUUAGUGAGCUCAACAACAAUUUCAUUGGAAACGCCAACAGCUGCUAGUACAUCUGCUGGAACAACAACAUCAGCUGAAACAACUCCUGUUGCCACAACUGUUGCGGGGAGCACAACUGCAACCACUCCUUUAGGGAGCACAACUGCAACCACUCCUUUAGGGAGCACAGCAACAAUUUCCUUGGAAACGUCAACAGCUGCUAGUACAACUGCUGGAACAACAACAUCAGCUGAAACUACACCCGUUGCCUCAACUCCUUAUGAAACUGCUUUUGCUGUGGAAACUAGCACUAUUGCGGGUACAACAACUGAAAAAACAACAACUGCAACCACUUUAGUGAGCACAACUGCAACCACUCCUUUAGUGAGCACAACUGCAACCACUCCUUUUGUGAGCACAGCUGCAACCACUUCUUUAGUGAGCACAGCUGCAACCACUUCUUUAGUGAGCACAACUGCAACCACUCCUUUAGUGAGCACAACUGCAACCACUCCUUUAGUGAGCACAACUGCAACCACUCCUUUAGUGAGCACAACAACUGUUUCAUUGGAAACAUCAACAGCUGCAAGUACAACAGCUAGAGAGACUACCUCAGCUGAAACAACACCAGCUGCCACAACUCCAUAUGAAACUACUUUUGCUGUGGAAACUAGCACUGUUGCGGGUCCAACAACGGAAAUAACAACUGCAACCACUCCUUUGGUGAGCACAACUGCAACCACUCCUAUAGUGAGCUCAACAACAAUUUCAUUGGGAACAUCAACACCUGUAAGUACAACUGCUGGAACAACAUCAUCAGCUGAAACAACUGAAGAAAUAACAACUGCAACCACUCCUUUAGUGAGCACAACUGCAACCACUCCUUUAGUGAGCACAACUGCAACUUCAUUGGAAAUGUCAACACCUGCAGUGACAGCUGCUGGAACAACAACAUCAGCUGAAACAACGGAAAAAACAACAACUGCAACCACUCCUUUACUGAGCACAACUGCAACCACUCCUUUAGUGAGCACAACUGCAACCACUCCUUUAGUGAGCUCAACAACAAUUUCAUUGGGAACAUCAACACCUGUAAGUACAACUGCUGGAACAACAUCAUCAGCUGAAACAACUGAAGAAAUAACAACUGCAACCACUCCUUUAGUGAGCACAACUGCAACCACUCCUUUAGUGAGCACAACUGCAACUUCAUUGGAAAUCACUGUUGCCGGUACAACAAUUGAACAAACAACAACUGCAACCAGUCCUUUAGUGAGCACAACUGCAACCACUCCUUUAGGGAGCACAGCAACAAUUUCCUUGGAAACGUCAACACCUGCAGUGACAGCUGCUGGAACAACAACAUCAGCUGAAACAACACCAGUUGCCACAACUCCAUAUGAAACUACUUUUGCUGUGGAAACUAGCACUCUUGCGGGUACUACAACUGAAAAAACAACUGCAACCACUCCUUUAGUGAGCACAACUGCAACCACUCCUUUACCUUUAGUGAGCACAACUGCAACCACUCCUUUAGUGAGCACAACUGCACGAGCACAACUGCAACCACUCCUUUACACUGGUGCGGGUACAACAACUGAAAAAACAACAACUGCAACCAGUCCAUUAGUGAGCACAACUGCAACCACUCAUUUAGUGAGCACAACUGCAACCACUCCUUUAGUGAGCACAGCAACAACACCUGCAGUGACAGCUGCUGGAACAACAACAUCAGCUGAAACAACUUCCAUUAGUGAGCACAACUGCAACCACUCCUUUACAACAACUUCAUUGGAAACGUCAACACCUGCAGUGACAGCUGCUGGAACAACAACAUCAGCUGAAACAACUCCUGUUGCCACAACUGUUGCGGUGAGCACAACUGCAACCACUCCUUUAGUGAGCACAACUGCAACCACUCCUUUAGUGAGCACAGCAACAACUUCAUUGGAAACGUCAACAGCUGCUAGUACAACUGCUGGAACAACAACAUCAGCUGAAACGACACCCGUUGCCUCAACUCCUUAUGAAACUACUUUUGCUGUGGAAACUAGCACUCUUGCGGGUACUACAUCUGAAAAAACAACUGCAACCACUCCUUUAGUGAGCACAACAGCAACCACUCCUUUAGUGAGCACAACAGCAACCACUCCUUUAGUGAGCACAACUGCAACCACUCCUUUAGUGCACUGUUGCGGGUACAACAAAGGAAAAAACAACAACGGAAAAAACAACAACUGCAACCACUCCUUUGGUGAGCACAACUGCAACCACUCCUAUAGUGAGCUCAACAAUUUCAUUGGAAACAUCAACACCUUGAGCACAGCGACAACUUCAUUGGAAACGCCAACACCUGCAGUGACAGCUGCUGGAACAACAACAUCAGCUGAAACGACUACUGUUGCCACAACUCCAUAUGAAACUACUUUUGCUGUGGAAAAUAGCACUGUUGCGGGUACAACAACGGAAAAAACAACAACUGCAACCACUCCUUUGGUGAGCACAACUGCAACCACUCCUAUAGUGAGCUCAACAACAAUUUCAUUGGAAACGUCAACAGCUGCUAGUACAACUGCUGGAACAACAACAUCAGCUGAAACGACACCCGUUGCCUCAACUCCUUAUGAAACUACUUUUGCUGUGGAAACUAGCACUCUUGCGGUGAGCACAACUGCAACCACUCCUUUAGCGAGCACAACUUCAACCACUCCUUUAGUGAGCACAGCAACAACUUCAUUGGAAACGUCAACAGCUGCUAGUACAACUGCUGGAACAACAACAUCAGCUGAAACGACUCCUGUUGCCACAACUCCAUAUGAAACUACUUUUGCUGUGGAAACUAGCACUCUUGCGGUGAGCACAACUGCAACCACUCCUUUAGUGAGCACAACUGCAACCACUCCUUUAGUGAGCACAGCAACAACUUCAUUGGAAAUGUCAACACCUGCAGGGACAGCUGCUGGAACAACAUCAGCUGAAACAACACCAGUUACCACAACUCCAUAUGAGACUACUUUUGCUGUGGAAACUAGCACUGUUGCGGGUACAACAACGGAAAAAACAACAACUGCAACCAGUCCUUUAGUGAGCACAACUGCAACCACUCCUUUAGUGAGCACAACUGCAACCACUCCUUUAGUGAGCACAGCAACAAUUUCCUUGGAAACGUCAACACCUCCUGCAGUGACAGCUGCUGGAACAACAACAUCAGCUGAAACGACUACAACUGCAACCACUCCUUUAGUGAGCACAACUGCAACCACUCCUUUAGUGUUAGCGAGCACAACUGCAACCACUCCUUUAGCGAGCACAACUGCAACAACUUCAUUGGAAACGCCAACACCUGCACACUCUUGCGGGUACUACAUCUGA